AUGGAUCUCAAUUUAAGCGACUUCGGUAGUCUACUGGCCAAAUUACCUGACACUACAGAUUACGAGAACCCUGAUACUCUUCAGUCCUGCGUUGUCAAUCCUCCUGCACGCAUUCCUCUCUCCGGCUACACCUACAAUCCAGCUCUAUGGACUGCCGAUGAUGAGAUCGAGUCCACUGUAGGAAAGGAUAAUCUGUCCCCAUCUGACGAAGAGCUCGGAAAUUGGCCACGACGUCUCCUCCACAUUCCGACAAUGACGUCCCAAGAAUGGCAGCCUGGAAAUCGUUACGGAAAUCAUGUGUCACCUACGUACAAUGCAAUAUCCUACACCUGGGGUCGUUAUGACCUCGACCUUCCAGGUGCGAAGAAACUAAAGAAAUAUCGUGCCGUCAAAGCUCUGCACGUGAAUGACGUCCAGUGGCACAUACCGAAAAUUAAUCCAGAGCAUUUCAGCCUUGAAGCUUUCGAGUCUUUGAUUCGAUGGACGGCUAAUGUAAGCAUUGACUUGAAAGAGAAGAAGGAUCCAACAGAGUUCCUAUGGCUUGAUAUUGCGUGCAUUGACCAAAAUAGUGGUCCACAAAAGAUGGCGGAGAUUGGCAGACAGGCGGCAAUUUUUCAUGGGGCGGAAAAAGUGUUUGUUUGGUCGACGAAGCACGUAAAGCAGAGUCUGGAGAAACUUGCAGCAAGUAUCGCUUGGAGUCACGAAGCCUUUCUGUGUCCUCAUGCUCACAUAGUACCGCUAGAAGGUGGUCUCAUUCCAAUGGCAAUCGCGACUAAUCAACAUCAUUAUAAUAAUUUGACACUUUCUGGUUUUUGUAAAGCGAGUUUCAGGCUUGUGGAGAUUUGUGAUAGCAUCUUAAGUGCUCCAACAAACCACUCUCUGUUCAACGAGGACCAUUCAGAUGCCAGAACGAUGCAUCUAAGCCUGAACAAGACUUACCUCUACCUGAUUGACGUCCGAGAGAUGUUGACUCAGAGAGGUCUCCUGGGCUUGGUAAGCCGUAAUCCAGUUGCCCUCUACAAUGUAUCACAAUAUCGUCAUUGUAGGUAUGACUACGACCGCAUAUAUGGCAUACAGCAAGUCUUUGGUUUCCGUCUUGGUGAGACAAGAACGCCCCAAAAAGGUGUCAUGAUCCCAAAGAAGAUCGACCGCUAUGUCUUAGAAGAACAACUCGGAGAGGCUUUGGUAUCGGAAUAUCCAGUCACAAGCCAAAUGCACGUUUUCGAAGAGAUUGUUGAAGAGGGCCGGGGCUGGAGACCUAGCCCUUCUUCUCUGGUACCAGAUCUGGACAUCAAAUCUCAAUUCGCGGAGCUCUCGUUUGUGGCAGAGUGUGAAGUGUCGGCAAUUGGUACAACGAGAGCUAAGAGAGGCUACUUCAAAGGUCGAGCUUGCAACUUUUCGACGCUGUCGCAAGUUUGGAAAAUAGCUAGUGGGUCUCAUGAUCAGACUACCAGUUCGAAGAGCCCACAGCAGAUUGGGCUUGAUGCGUGCAUCAGGUCUGGAGACUUGAUUGAUGCUGUAGAUUUGACCAUAUCAGAAAACGGUAUCUUACUCGACGGAGUCGAGCCCAUUACCACAGUUGUCCCCUACAGGAAUCGCAAAUUGAUUCGUAGGGAAGAACAAAACCGGCUGUCGUGGUGGAUCAAUGGUUUCCUGAAGACGUAUUUCAAAGCUAGUGAUUGCAUAGUCCUUUUGUUGGGAAGCUUCGAUGACAACGGAGUGGGAGCAGGCCAAGAGAAGCUAGACAGAUAUCAUGUUGGUUUGAUCCUAUUCUGUAUUCCUGGGCAGUCUUACUGGAGACGGAUGGGUUUCUGCAUAUGGCAAUACGAAAGUGAAGCGCUGAACUCAGCACGACUCAACAGAGACGAUUGGCAGACCUUGAAGGCUGAGCAUGGAAGCACAAAUUGGCGAAAUGAAAGCAGUAGCUUUGCCUAA